CUUUCUUUCUCGGAAAUCCGAUUUCAUUUCAUUUGUCUACGAAUAAAUAUCAGAAAACUGAUUAAUUUUCGUUUUAAUUAAUUAAUUAUCAUCAGUUUUUCGGAAUAUAUGUAGUGUUUAGUAAAAUAAGAUAUGUCUCAAAGUGCUCCUGCAUCGGAAAACGCUGCACCGCGUCCAUUAUCUGCUGCCAACGCCGAUCAGAUCACCGCUCGAGUCAACGCUAUCAAACUCGCCAACGAACGUAAACAGCAAAAGGAGUCUUCUACAGAAUCGAAACAGAAUGGCGAAGCGACUCCAUCGACAUCGACGGCGUCGACUAGUAACGCUACCCCUAACGAAGCCGGUGGUAGCGGCGAACAGCCAUCAUCUUCGGCCAGCACAUCAUCGAGUGUAAAUCAACCUUCGGAAGGUGAAUCCGACGACGUUAUUACCGUAGCUGAGAAAUCGUAUAUGCAAAAGAUCAUCAGAACUAAGCUCAUCAAUAAUAAAUAUGAUUUGGAAAUCAAGAGAAAAGAUCCGUCUUCUCCGUUAUACUCUGUGAAAUCUUUCGAAGCUUUACACCUUAAACCAGAACUGUUGAGAGGUGUUUAUUUGAUGGGAUUCAAUGCGCCUUCUAAAAUCCAAGAAACAGCUGUACCAACUCUAUUAGCCGAUCCACCGCAAAAUAUGAUAGCUCAGUCUCAAUCCGGUACCGGUAAAACCGCAGCAUUCGUUUUGGCCAUGUUGAGUCGAGUUAAUCCUUCAUUAAAUCAUCCUCAGGCGUUAUGUUUGUCGCCAACGUACGAAUUAGCUGUCCAAACAGGUGAAAUAGUUGCUAAAAUGGCGUCAUAUUUGCCGGAAAUCAUAAUUAAAUUUGCUCUCAGAGGAGAAGAUCCACCAACUGGUAAAGAACAGAUUAUCAUUGGUACCCCUGGUAAAGUGGUCGAUUGGGGAGUGAAAAUGAGGUGUUUAGAUUUACGUAAAUUGAGCGUUUUCGUUUUGGAUGAAGCUGAUGUUAUGAUUGCCACCCAAGGCCAUCAAGAUCAAAGUUUAAGAAUUAGAAAACUUCUUUCUCCAAAAUGUCAAAUGAUGCUGUUUUCCGCCACUUACGAUAACGAAGUAAUGGAAUUCGCUGAAAUGAUGGUUCCUAACGCUGUCGUCAUCAAGUUACGCAGAGAAGAGGAAUCUUUAGAUAAUAUCAAACAAUACUUCGUGAAAUGUAAGAAUCCUCAAGAAAAGUAUCUCGCUAUGAAAAACAUCUAUGGAAUUUGUACCGUCAAUCAGGCUAUGAUUUUCUGUCAAACGAAAAAAACCGCUGGUUGGUUGUGCGAAGAAAUGACCAAAGAAGGUCACGGUGUUGCAUUGUUAACGGGAGAUUUAACCGUCGAACAGAGAAUCACAAUUUUAGAUCGCUUCCGAGAAGGCAAACAUAAAGUUUUAAUUACUACCAAUGUUUUAGCCAGAGGUAUUGAUAUCGAACAGGUGACAUUCGUGGUCAAUUUCGACCUACCCGUUGAUAAAUUUGGUAACGCUGAUUGCGAAACCUAUCUGCAUAGAAUUGGUCGAUGCGGAAGAUUCGGCAAGACCGGAAUAUCAAUUAAUUUAAUCGACAGUGAAGAGUGUUAUAAAAUCAUGAAGCAGAUACAAGAACAUUUCUCUGUGAAUAUCAAACUCCUCGACCCGUACGAUUUAGAUCAGAUGGAGAAACUAGAAAAUAGUUGAUGAUGAAGAUCGAGCCUCCUCCGAAUUGAUGACUGUUUGAGAUUAUAUAAUAUCUUUAUUAUUAUUUACUAAUUCCAAUGUUUUAUUGUUUAAUGUAUUGAAAAAACAAAAAAAGCGAACAGAAGUGAUACGUUGUUCUGUAUUAUGCUAAAUUGAAUUUGAUGAACAUUCUCGAAUGCUUCAAUGUUGUGACCUCUUAUUUUUUUUUUUUAUCGUAGAUGAUAUUUUGUGUGCGAUGUAAUCGAUUGGUUUUUUCGAUUUCGACACGUUAUCUGAAAAUUUCAGACGAUAACGUUACCAUAGUUUCUUUUCUUUCAUUUUUUAAUUUGAUGAUGUGCCUAUGUUUUUCCUGUUUUUUCUCGUUACAUGGGCAAAAUGAUGAAAGUGUACGACUUUAAGUGUACGUAAAGUUAUUGAAGAAUUUUUAAUUUUUAAAAAGAUUUAUCAUUUUGUAUACGCAUUGUUACGUUGGGUAAUUUAUUGUAAAGUUUUUAAUAUUUUUGUACGUAAUUGUUUUGAGAAGUACAAUAUAUUUUCUGUGCUUUUGUGA